AUGAUGCUGGUUUGUAUAUUAGCGAUAUUUUUAAGUUUUGCGCAUGCAGAUACCAUUUCGUCGUUAACAGAUGGAGAAAACACGACUUCAACAUCAUUGGAAAGCAAAGACCAGGAAUGGAACGAUUUGAGCAUCCUACGGCAGAUGAUUAACCAAGAGACCGUCAUCCGACUUGCGUUGGUCAAGAACGUCCAUGCACUUGUAAACGAUGUUAACCUUAUGAAAAAAGGUUCUGCGGCAAGUGAAACAACAGUAUCAGGAUUACAGCAGGCAAUAGAAGCCUUAAACACUCUGGUAUACUCUCUUCAAAAGGAAAACAGCGAACUUAAGAAUAGUAGCAUAAUCAGCAAGGCCAAAAUGAUGGAGUUUGAAACAAGAAUACAGACAUUAAAUGAAAGUGUUUCUUCUUUAUAUGACAAGGUAAACGUCAAUCAGAUGGAAUCAGACCAAAAAAGACAGGAAAUGUUCAACAAAACCAACAGUGGCAUUUCCGAUAUCAAAAUAGAGCUAAGAUAUCUUUCGGUUACCUUGUUUGACUUCAAGGAACACACUGAUAUGGAAACUGAGUCGAGAGAUAAAAAGUAUGAAGAACUUGAAUAUUAUUUUAAUAUCACAGUUGAUGAGUUGAAAACUAAAAACUUUCAAACCAAGAGCAGAUUGAGUAAUCUCACAGAACUAAUUCAAAAUGUACAAGAUUUUCAAACGGAGAUGAAUGGAGAAUUUACAGAAAACCUCAAUAGAACAGUCACCAAGUUUGAAACCCAGUUCAAAACGUCAGAGUAUGAGCGUCUUAAACUGUCCUCUACCGUGUCAUCCCUGGAAGUUGCCCAAAUGAACAUGUCCAAAUCAAGAUGUGAUGUAUCCAAAAGAGUAGGUUUUACUGCUACUAUAUCGUCUGCUAGUUCUACCUGGAACAGCGCUACUCUGGUAUUUCCUGUGGUCAUCACAAACGUCGGGAACGGAUACAACCCAAGUACCGGGGUAUUUACCGCCCCCACAGCGGGGGAAUAUGUCUUCUUCGUCAAUGUGCAGAGUUACAAUACCCAAACCAUAUAUGUAGACGUCGUGUUGAAUGGAGUAACUAAGGUCCGAACAAUGGCGCAUGGAGGUAGUGAUUAUUACGAAGCAGGACCUAACCUGGUGGUGUUAACUCUACAGAAGGGAGACAGAGUGUGGGUGAAACGCUACUCUGGUCAGGGUUAUUAUAUUGACGGUCCUAUAACCACGUUUUCAGGAUUUCUUUUCUAAUAUAUUCAUUAAAAAGGUAGAUAAAGAGUUAUCCCAGUGAAUAUUGAGAUAUUCAAUCAAUUUGCCAUACAUUGUGCGAAUAGUUCGCUUAAGCUUUUAUCUGGUGGUUAAAAACUGCUUUAAUACCAACAUGAUUUGAAUUUAAAAAGUACAAUUAUAAAGCGAACAUCACUUUGAAAACGUUUUAUUAUGUUAUUAAAAAACACAGUGUCAUUGCUUAAAUGAAAUAUAAUUUUUGUAUCUAUGUAAUAAAUUUUUUAAAACUAAUAUUUAGAACAAGUUAUAUAUAAUCGGAACAGUACUACUUGAUGAUGAUAACUCUGUAUUACCUCAAGAAAUAUUUAUGUAUCACUGUAUGUGUGAGAAUGUGUAUUAAUGAACAAAAAAUCAUUGAUAUAUAAUCUAUUCUUUCUGUAAACAAAGCCAUAGGUGCACACCUUAUGUGUCACAAAAUGUUGAAAGCUACUAAAUUUACCAUUGUCCAACCAAUAUUUCUAUUGUUUAACCGCUCACUUACAGAAUCUGUUUUUCCUAUUAUGUGGAAACAUGCUAACGUUACUCCACUUUUUAAAAACAGACGACCCUUCUGUUUUUUCCAACUAUUGACCAGUUUUGCUUUUUAAGUUGUAUUGGUAAAUUCAUGGCCGGAACGUAUUGUAUUUAAGCAUUUAUAUUACUUUAUUCACAGAAAUAUUAUGUUUUUUAAAUAACAAGCCGGAUUUUUACAAGGUCAUUCAACUGUUUUUCAAUUAUUACAAACAUAUGAUGAUAUUGUUUGGAGAAUUGUUGAAGGGAAAUCAUGUUGUGUGGUAUUUCCUGAUUUGUUUGGCACAAAGAACUUUUAUAUAAAUUAAAAAUGUAUGGCAUUGAUGGAAAGAUGUAUAUUUGGCUAAAAAUCUACUUAGCAAAUCGGACACAACGAGUUAUGUAUAAAAAUAUAUUUUCUUCUACGGCACCAAUUCAUGCCGGUGUACCUCAAGGCUCUGUACUUAGACCACUGCUAUUUCUAAUUCAUGUAAAUGCUGUAACAAGAUUUUGUAUAUUGUUUACUUAUGAUAACUGUUUGCAGUAUUCAUCAAAAUGUGUCAAACCUAUUCAAUAUUUUCUGAAUCAUAAUAAAUUUACAUUCAGUGUA